GGAUACACAGUGAGAAGAGAGGAGUCUGUGCGAUCUAACGAGCGCCCCCGGGGAAAGCCAGUUCCCUCCUACUGCCUCAAAAUCCACUCCAUAAAGCACGAAGAAUCAGGGGCCAGGCCAGCCCGGACCCUCCCUGAAAAGGCGGGAGCUCUCCUGGGGUCUCGCACGUUACAAAGUGACGCCUAGGAGUUCUUGCAGAGCCUCUCCUAGGGGGUGUGGGGAAGGAAACUGCUGCUCUUUCCUGGUCCCAGAGAGGCACCUGUGACCUUGGACCCUGGGAACCACAGCGCCCCCUUCUGGCGGGCCCCCGCCAGAGGCGAUAUAAGCCAAGAAUCUGACCGCGCGUUAGGCACACACUUGGCCGCGCCAUGAAGCUGCUUGGCCUCUACGCGCUCGCCGUGAUCCUCCUCCUCCUCCUCCUCCUCCUCGUCUGCCUGCACACGGCGCAGCCCGCGAAGCGGAAGCGGCAGAGGCCUUACGAGAAACCUGGCUAUUGCCCAGAGUUUCUUCUUGAAUGCCCUUUCACCCUCUUCCCUGCGUGCAAGCGCGAUAAGGGUUGCCGCAGGACGAAGAAGUGUUGUUUCUACAACUGCAAGAAGCAGUGUCUGGAGCCCUUGACAAGCUGGGAUUGAGGUGAGACACCGCCACCCCCGCCCCAACCCCGCGUCUGCUGCUCUAGCCUCUGCCGCAGGAAUGUUCCCGAAGAACACGGUGUCCCGGAGGGAAUCGAGAACCGUCACUGCCCUGAGAAACCUUGGAGAACAGAGCUUUACAAUUGGGAUCUACCCUGAAAUUCGUCUCGUGGGCCCUAGAGAGGGAGGCCCCAAGAACCCCUUCCGAGGAAAAGGCGCAGUUUAAUUUCCUGUAAUAGACAUCACGCCUUUCUUUUGAAUGGUGGUGCCGUUUGGAUGAAGUGAUCUCCAAGCCCCUCAACUGUUCCCGAAUUUUUAGUAUGAUUAUUUUCAAUUGCCAUUGUU